AAAACAAACCACUGCGGGCUGGAGAUGGAGUUUUCCUGGGGAAGCGGCCAGGAAUCCCGGCGUUUGUUGCUCUCUCUUCUGUUCCUCGCAGCCUGGAAAGCAGGGAGCGGUCAGAUCCACUACUCGGUCCCGGAGGAGGCCAAGCGCGGCACCUUCGUGGGUCGCAUCGCCCAGGACCUGGGGCUGGAGCUGGCGGAGCUGGUGCCCCGCCUUUUCCGACUGGCGUCCAAAGGCCACGGGGACCUUCUGGAGGUAAAUCUGCAGAAUGGCAUUUUGUUUGUGAAUUCUCGGAUCGACCGGGAGGAGCUGUGCGGGCGGAGCGCGGAGUGCAGCAUCCACCUGGAGGUGAUCGUGGACAGGCCGCUGCAGGUUUUCCAUGUGGAGGUGGAGGUGAAGGAUAUUAAUGACAACCCGCCUCUGUUCCCUGGAACACAAAAGAAUCUAUUUAUGGCGGAAUCCAGGCCUAUUAACUCUCGGAUUCCACUAGAGGGCGCAUCUGAUGCAGAUAUCCGGGCCAACGCUAUGCUGACCUACACGUUGAGCCCCAAUGAGUAUUUCUCCCUUGAUAAACCGUCCGAAGACGAGCGGGUGAAACAUCUUGGGCUAAUGUUAAGGAAGCCUUUAGACAGGGAGCAAUCUCCGGAACUUCAUUUAUUGCUCACGGCCACUGACAGAGGCAAACCUGAGCUGACUGGCACCGUUCAGUUACUCGUCAAAGUGCUGGACGCCAAUGACAACGCCCCAGCUUUCGACAAAACACUCUAUGCCGUGAAAUUACCAGAAAAUGUUCCUAAUGGAACGCUGGUAAUGAAACUUAACGCCUCAGAUUUAGAUGAAGGCUCGAAUGCGGACAUUAUUUAUUCAUUCUCAACUGAUAUUUUACCAAAUGUGGAAUCCAAGUUUUACCUAGAUCCAAUUACCGGAGAACUUAUGGUAAAGGGAUAUAUCGAUUUUGAAGAAAGCAAAUCCUAUGAAAUUCUUGUAGAGGGUAUUGAUAAAGGACAACCCCCACUCUCUGGCCAUUGUACAGUUAUGGUGGAAGUUGAGGACACCAACGAUAAUGUCCCAGUAAUGGAAUUCAAGUCUCUGUCGCUUCCAGUCAGAGAAGACGCUCCAUUAGGCACAGUAAUCGCGCUAAUCAGCGUGUCCGACCGUGACUCUGGCGCCAACGGGCAGGUGACCUGCUCACUAGCACCCCAAGGCCCCUUCAAGCUGGUGUCCACCUUCAAGAAUUACUAUUCGCUGGUGCUGGACAGCGCCCUGGACAGAGAGAGCGUGGCGAACUACGCUCUGGUAGUGACCGCACGCGACGGAGGCUCGCCUUCGCUGUCGGCCACGGCCAGCGUGUCCGUGGAGGUGGCCGACGUGAACGACAACGCGCCGGCAUUCGCGCAGCCCGAGUACACGGUGUUCGUGAAGGAGAACAACCCGCCCGGCUGCCACAUCUUCACGGUGUCGGCGCGCGACGCCGACGCGCAGGAGAACGCGCUGGUGUCCUACUCGCUGGUGGAGCGGCGCGUGGGCGAGCGCGCGCUGUCGAGCUACGUGUCGGUGCACGCGGAGAGCGGCAAGGUGUACGCGCUGCAGCCGCUGGACCACGAGGAGCUGGAGCUGCUGCAGUUCCAAGUGAGCGCGCGCGACGCGGGCGUGCCUCCCCUGGGCAGCAACGUGACGCUGCAGGUGUUCGUGCUGGACGAGAACGACAACGCGCCCGCGCUGCUGCCGCUGCCCGGGGCGCGCGGCGGGGGCGGCGCGCUGAGCGAGCCGGUGUCGAGGGCGGUGGGCGCGGGCCACGUGGUGGCCAAGGUGCGCGCGGUGGACGCGGACUCGGGCUACAACGCGUGGCUGUCGUACGAGCUGCAGCCGGCGGCGGGGGGCGCGCGCAGCCCGUUCCGCGUGGCGCUGUACACGGGCGAGAUCAGCACGACGCGCGCCCUGGACGAGGCGGACGCGCCGCGCCAGCGCCUGCUGGUGCUGGUGAAGGACCACGGCGAGCCGGCGCUGACGGCCACGGCCACUGUGCUGCUGUCGCUGGUGGAGAGCGGCCAGGCGCCCAGGCCGUCGUCGCGGGUGUUGGCGGGCGGCGCGGGCGCGGGCGCGGGCGCGGGCGCGGCGCUGGUGGACGUCAACGUGUACCUGAUCGUCGCCAUCUGCGCGGUGUCCAGCCUGUUGGUGCUCACGCUGCUGCUGUCCACGGCGCUGCGGUGCUCGGCGCCGCCCAGCGAGGGCGCGUGCGGGCCGGGGAAGCCCACGCUGGUGUGCUCCAGCGCGGUGGGGAGCUGGUCGUACUCGCAGCAGAGGCGGCAGAGGGUGUGCUCUGGGGAGGGCCCGCCCAAGGCCGACCUCAUGGCCUUCAGCCCCAAUGUACCUGACUCUAGGGACAAAGAGGAUCUGCAGUCAGCAACAGGAGAUUCCCUUUCAAAGUAUUGA